CACCGUCAAAGUUAUAGCAUCGUCCCAGCUCCAAGUAUUGCUUCAAUAUACCGAAGACUAUAUAAUAAAGUAUAGCAAUCAAACAACAACUUACUGCAAAGUAUAAGUCUCUAUCGACCAGUAACUCGGUCCUAUUCUGGGCUUGCUGUCUUAGUCCGUAUUCACACUCGACUUUCUCUGCUACCUUGCGCACGUUACCAUCAGACCACGCAAAGGUGUGCUGUGCCCAGCUCAUACCGUACCGGUCCCAUAACGGGGACGCCGCCGUCUGCUCAGACAGAAUGCCCAUCACGGGGGUGUACUUCAUCCCUUCCAACCCCAAUGCCUCAACGGCACUGGCCACGGUCACCGAGCGCCUCCACACCGCGUUAGCAGAGGAGCCCACCCUCGUCGGCCGGUGGUUCCUGGAGCACAAGCUCAUGCGAGACACGCCAUCAUGCCUUCCAGCGUCUACGCCUCAGCAGCGCCAAGCGCAACCACGAUACAUGCAGUUCCUCUCCCUCUCCUACCACGCCAACCACGGCUUCAUCUACACCUCUGAACCCACCCCGGCUAACCCUCCGGCCCCGCCGCCGCCUACGCCAGCCGGAGCAUCCUCCGGCAGCCCAGCAUCAUCGUCAUCAUCGGCCGCCGGUCCCAUGGUGAUGACCACCGUCCCGCUCGCAUCCAGCAGCACCCUCUUCCACCACUUCGGCUACGCCUGCCAACCCUUCUGGUGCCACCGCCACACCGUCACCGUCCCCGGCGGCGCCGUCUACGACGUGGGCGACUUCCGCGUGCGCGUGGGCGACGUGCGCCAGACGCAGCCGGCGGCCCGAAUCCGCGGCACGGUCGUGGAGAUCGAAUGGCGCGGCCCGUCCUUGGUCAGCUCGAUAGCCUCGCAGGCGCUACUGGCCAAGAAGAUGGGUUCCGGUCCGUACGCCGCCACCGCGACUGUUGACGAGUGGGCAGACGGCGAUUCCGGGAUCGAUAUGAGCUUCUUCCCGGACGGGGUGGAGGAGGCGGAUGUGGACGCGGAGUACGCGGCGAGUGCGGCGCUGAUACGCGAGUUCUGGGCUCGGCUGGGCAUCGAAGGCGCACGCGAGGCAAUCCUGGUGCCGGAUGUCGGCAGGGAGGUCAAGGAGCAACUGAGGUGGCUUAAGGCGCACGGUAUGCAGAGAGAGUCCGAGGAGAAGCGGGAGCAACAGCCGGACGAAGAUCCCGAUCCGACGGCGGGAGUGGAUUCGGCGAGGCAAUUUAUGGAGAUUUUCCGGUUCAAUCGGUGACACUCUGUAUUCGGUGUAGUCUUUAUCAAUGGAAGAGAAGGCCGAAACGCGG